UUCACAUUCUCUUGGUUUCCACUUCCUUCUUUCUUUCAUAAACGUACAUUGCACCAAUUAUUCCAUUGUCAAAUUCUUUGCAGGUGGCAAUUUCUUCCCAAUCAAUCAGUAGAAAAUGGGAGAUGCUGAGGAUAUCCAACCUCUUGUUUGUGACAAUGGAACUGGAAUGGUCAAGGCUGGAUUUGCUGGAGAUGAUGCUCCAAGGGCAGUGUUCCCAAGCAUUGUGGGGCGUCCGCGGCACACGGGAGUGAUGGUUGGAAUGGGACAAAAGGAUGCAUAUGUGGGUGAUGAAGCUCAAUCGAAGAGAGGUAUUUUGACCCUCAAGUACCCAAUUGAGCAUGGCAUUGUUAGCAACUGGGAUGACAUGGAGAAGAUUUGGCAUCACACUUUCUACAACGAGCUUCGUGUGGCUCCUGAAGAGCACCCUGUUCUUCUCACUGAAGCACCUCUCAAUCCCAAGGCCAAUCGUGAGAAAAUGACCCAAAUCAUGUUUGAGACCUUCAAUGCUCCUGCCAUGUAUGUUGCCAUCCAAGCUGUGCUCUCCCUUUAUGCUAGUGGCCGCACAACUGGUAUUGUUCUGGACUCUGGAGAUGGUGUGAGUCACACAGUUCCAAUAUACGAAGGGUAUGCCCUGCCACACGCAAUCCUGCGUUUGGACCUUGCAGGUCGUGAUCUGACAGAUUAUCUAAUGAAAAUCUUGACGGAGCGUGGAUACUCCUUCACAACCUCUGCUGAGCGUGAAAUUGUGAGAGACAUGAAGGAGAAGCUCUCCUACAUUGCUCUGGAUUACGAGCAGGAGCUGGAAACUUCCAAGACGAGCUCGGCCGUGGAGAAGAGCUACGAGCUGCCGGACGGUCAGGUGAUCACAAUAGGGGCGGAAAGGUUCCGGUGCCCGGAAGUGCUGUUCCAGCCUUCCAUGAUCGGAAUGGAAGCCGCAGGCAUACACGAAACGACUUACAACUCCAUCAUGAAGUGUGAUGUUGAUAUCAGGAAGGAUCUUUAUGGUAACAUUGUUUUGAGUGGUGGAACCACAAUGUUUCCGGGUAUUGCUGAUAGGAUGAGCAAGGAGAUUUCUGCAUUGGCACCCAGUAGCAUGAAGAUUAAGGUUGUUGCACCGCCAGAGAGGAAGUAUAGUGUCUGGAUUGGAGGCUCCAUUUUGGCUUCACUCAGCACCUUCCAACAGAUGUGGAUUGCAAAGGCAGAAUAUGAUGAAUCAGGUCCAUCAAUCGUUCACAGGAAGUGCUUCUAAUGUUGCAAAGCUUUCAACAAGUUACAAUUCACAUUUGUAUUACAUAUAAUACUAUCAGUUGAUUGAGGAGCUCUCCUUUUCCUAUAUUGUUACCAUUUUUUCCAUGUUUCUAUAUUUUAAAGCAUAAGCUAAGGAAGAUAUGAAAGAUUCUUCAUUGAAUUCUUUUUUAUCCUCAUUACCAUUUUGUUGUAUAAUAAGAACUAUGUACUGUUACUAUUCAAUUUGGUUAAACCAACCAUUCUUUGCAA